CGGAGAACGACGACGAAUGCCUGGCGGUGAACCGAGAGAAGCCCUCCUCCCCUCCUGAUGGCCUGCCUAAGAACACAAUGAUAAACCUUGCAGAGCAGGAACAGCGACAAUGCGACACUGGCCCCUUUUUCAAUCAUCUUUCGGCUUCCGCCACUGGGCCACUGUUCCAGUACUCGCGGUUGAAAAAAGGGAAACGUAAAGUUGACGCCUUUGUAUCUGUCUGUCUGUCUGUCAGUCAGUCCCUCCUCACUCCAACUCCAAUAUGUGCGUCAUUGUACCUUGCACUCCCCCCCCUUUUGUCAUCAAGAAAAGCUCUCGUUCUAUACCCUUUUUUCCAAUUUGAAAAUUUCCUGCUCUCUCACUCUCAUUCUCUCACUCUCUCUUCUUGAAUUGUGCAAUGUAUUAUUAGCUGAAGUUCUUGAAUUUUGUGGUUGAGAGUCGGACGUUUUCCCUUGUUUGGAUCAGAGAGUGAGUGAAGAAGCUAUGAAAGACAGAGGCAAAGCUGUGGAAGCGUACAAGGGCAACGACGGCGACGGAUUCUUCGCCGACAACUACUACUCGGCGUCGUCGGAGAACCCGUGCCGGAAGCACCCGGGCUCUUCCUCCGUCGGGGUCUGUGCCCACUGCCUCAAGGACCGCCUCGCGAGGCUCGUCUGCUCCGAGUGCGGCGAGCAACGCCACUCCUCCUCCUGCUCCUGCUCCUCCGACAUCUCCUCCAACCGCAACUCCUGCACCGUCGAGGUCGGCAGCGUCGGCCGCAUCUCCUUCCUGCUCGAGAGCGACAAGAGCGAGCUCUUGCUCUCGCGCCAGAUCAGCACAUCCUCGAAGCCCAGAGUUGGCGGUACAGAGUAUGGUAACAGCAAAGCAGAGGAAGCUAUGGUGUUCAAGAGGAGCAGUAGCAGUUGCGUGGAGAUGAAGAGGGUUCACGGGAUUUGGAGGAUCGGGAAGCUCUUCAGGAAGAAGAAGGAUCGCAAGAAGAGCGUCGACAAUGGGUUCGAUGCGAAGAGCGAGAUGUGGGUCGUGGAUCACCAAUCGGGCGUGUCCAGAUCGAGAUCCCUCAGCAGCUUCAGGGGAGGCAGGAACUGUUACGGCUCAGAGGAUGGGGGCGAUCACUGGACGUUUUCAGGGGCUAGGAGCUCCAUUUCAGGGGCUAGGACCUCUAGCGUCAAUGGCGGUCUCCUUCUUGAUCCCGAGAGGAAGAGUUGCUUCAGCGAAGCGGAGUUCAGGCGAAGCGGGUUCAGCGAAUCCGACACGAUCAGGAGGAGCUGCUUCAGCGAGGCGGAGCCUAGGAGGAGCGGGUUCAGCGAGGCCGAGCCUAGGAAGAGCGGCUUCGACGGCGGCGAGAGGAAGGAGAACGGGUUGCCCCUCGAGCAUCAUGUCGCUCCUAGCUUAGACUCCACUGGCAACAAACCCGCCACCAGGAGGAUUUUCUCUCUCAAGGAAGGCGACUUCAGCGGCGGCGGGGAUGACACGGGGUUCAUCGACUUGAAGUUCUUCUCGACCGAGGCGAGGCAGGAUCCGAAGAUGGGCGCCCUCGGGAAUUCGAGAUCAGCUUUCGGAAGCAUAAGAGGAGGCGGCGAGGGCGGCGGCGGCGGCGCAGCGCAGGGGGGCGAUUUCAGGAGCGGGUCGUGUCGGGUCACGGUGAGCGAGAAGGAGGUGAAGGUGAAGCAGGGCAGGAGGAGCUUCAUGGGGUGGAGUUGGGGUUUCAGGCAUCACCACCAGCACCCGAAUUGGAUGAUGGCCGCGAAGAAGAGAGACGAAGCCGUGCUGUGCAGAGAAUGAAGGACGAGAUGGUUUCGACGACAAUGCCGUGCCGACUGAAGAUGAAUCGGAUCGGAUCAGAUCAGAUCGAUCGAUCUUGUCUCGAACACUAUGGUCCCUUUCGGGUUAUUCGAGUCGAUUACUUCACUGCUAUUUCCAUAUUUUUGCCCAGUCCAGCUCUUGUAUCUGAUAGUUGUUUCGGUUUUCAAGUGACGGUGUGGGAUCAUCGUCGAAAGACGAAAUGCAAGACGAAUAAUAAGUUAAGAACAAAGUGGGAAACAAUAAACAGUCUUUUGGCUC